AUGCAAAAUAUAAACAAUGAGAAGAAACGCUCAUUCUCCUUCCGGCUGCGCCGCUCCUUCGGCGACGGCGGCAGCACGAAUAGCCGCAACAGCAACAACAACAGCAGCACCUGCACCAACCACAACAACCAGAAGCGGUGCAGCACUCCGCUGACGCCGACGAGCACCAGUACCGGGCGCCUGGAGGUGCCAGGCGCCGCGUCCGUGAGCCGCAGGAGCAGCAUCUACAAGAAGCCGGACAAGAACGACGGAGGCCAGAUCCAUCUCAUUCCGGACGUGGAGCUGCCGCUGAUGACCUUCGCCGAUCAGUACAAUAUCGAGAAGACGCUGGCCGAGGGCUGUUUCGCCAAGAUCCUGCUGUGCCGGCACAGACAGACCAGCACGCUGGUGGUGCUAAAGGCAGUACACGCUGAGCUGACCACGAUCAAGGAGUUCCAGAAGGAGUUCCACUACAACUACGAGCUGUCGCACCACCAUCACAUCCUCAGCGCCUACGCAGUGGCCUUCCAGACGAUGGACUAUUACGUUUUCGCCAUGGAGCACGCCCCUUACGGAGAUCUUGCUUCGAAUAUCGGACCGAAUGGCUUGCAUGAGAAUGCCUGCAAGCUGAUCUCGGAGCAGCUCAGUUCGGCCCUCGGCUUCAUGCACUCCAAGAGUCUGGUGCAUCGCGAUCUGAAGAUCGAGAACAUACUUGUCUUUACGCCCGACUUUACGCGCGUGAAGCUCUGCGAUUUUGGAGCCACCACGAAGAAGGGUCUGCUAGUGCACAAGGUGAAGCACACGUGGACCAGCUGUGUGCCGCCCGAGCAGCUGGAGCUGAUCAAGAACGAGCGCUUCCAGUGCCUGCCGGUCAGCGAUUCCUGGCAGUUUGGCAUCCUGCUGUACAACAUCUUGACGGGAAAUCCCCCCUGGCAAUCCGCCGAUUGGGUGAAGGAUGUGUCGUAUGCCAAUUUCAUGAAGUACGAACAGCGCAAGACGACCAAGGUGCCCGAUAAUUUCCGGCGCUUCUCGCCGCGUCUGAUGCGCUGCUUCCGAAAGUAUCUGAGCCACGAUCCCGAGGACCGGUGCAAGAUCACCGAGGUGGCCAAGUACAUGAAGGACCGCUGGGUGGAGUGCCGCAUCUCCACCUCCAAGUCGGCCACCCUCAUCUCGCCCACCAACCACGACCAGGACUCGUGCAUCUACCUUAACCAGCGGGAAGGUCGCCUCUCGGGGGAUGAGAACAAGCUGCGCUUCAAGCGGAUGAUGUCCACGUAUGGAUUGGACAUACCCAUCGAUCAGGCGAUGGUGCGACGGCGAGUCUGGGACUGGCUCUCCACCUGCGACGCCUCCUCCGAUCCGGAUGUCGAGAGCCUGCACGCUCUGGAUCUGAUGCAGUAGAUUACUACUUAACUAUCUAGCGAAUCCUCAAGAGAUUUGAGCAGGGUGACGAUUCGGAAUAUAUAAAUGACCUUAGAGACUCCUCCGAAUUUUUCCAAAGAUUUUUGAACCCAAAUAUUUUAGAUGUUUCAAAAUAUGAUAACAUCAAUGUGUAAAUAAGACGAUAUCGCCCAAUCGGAGAAAUGUGAACUGUUUGAAUUUGUGGAUCUAUAAGAUCGUUUUUGUAGAGCAGAGAAGCCACUUCUCGACGGUUUUUUUCUGUUGUUCUGCGAGUGCAAAAUCCCAGAACUGAAUUUAAUAUAAUUUUAUAUAGACGAAAUUUGUAAUAACUAAGUAGUAAGAAUUUGUAGGAUAAUGAAACCCAGUUUGAGAAAAAA